CACCGUGGUGAACGAAACACACACAGUCGAAAUCGAACCGAAGGUAGAUUGAACGCAGCCAAGUGUGAAUCCUCCGCAGGGUCGUCUACGCAGUUGUCAGAAGAACAACAAGAAAAACGAUUAUCACAUUGGUGAAGGGAUUGCCUUCUGCGGCGAAGGCUUGUUUUCCUUGGGGAGUGGCCCGUUGGGCGCUCUCGGCCCGCAAACCUGGAGAGAUGUCGAUCCGGACGGUAGCCUACCGUCUCUUGCAAAAUGGUCGAGCUUUACUGUACUCCGUUCGAAAUACAGGGAGUCUAUACGCUAAUUGCCAUCCAAGAAUUAACCACGGCAACAUACACGUUGUUCAAGUAGGCAAAUCCCCGGGCUAUCUGCCCCAGGGUAACAACAAUGUCUCGGCCACAGGAAGACACCUUGGUUACUUGGGAGCCCAUGCUAGACGACUCUUUGUUGAUAAUAUUCUAAAAAGAGUUACCAAUAGUUUGGCAGCAGAUUUGAGACGACGAGCUGCUACCAGGCUGGUGUAUGGAGACUCUGCACCUUUUUUUGCUUUGGUUGGAGUAUCCCUGGCAUCCGGAACUGGUAUAUUAACAAAGGAUGAUGAAUUGGAGGGUGUCUGCUGGGAAAUUAGGGAAGCAGUAUCAAAAUUACAAUGGAAUACUCCCCAAAACGACACAAAUUAUGAGGUGAUUAGAGACGAAGAAAAAGUUCUGUCAUUGAAAGAUUUUGUAAUUGGACCUGCAAUCGCUAAAGGAUGCUCUGCUGUUGUUUAUGCAACGAAAUUUAAGGAUGUUAAAGAGAAAGAUGAAGCGAAUAUUGACGACAAAACCACAGCUGUUACUACAUUUCCAUUGGCAUUGAAAAUGAUGUUUAAUUAUGAUACCGAAUCCAAUGCACUCUCUAUUUUGAGAGCUAUGUACAGGGAAACUGUACCAGCUAGAAAACAUAUAAAUAACGAUGAACUAGCCGAAUGGGAAUCUAAGAUGGCCGAGAGAAAGGCAGAGCUUCCACCGCAUCCGAACAUUGUAGCAGUGUAUUAUGCUUUCGCCGAUAGAGUACCAGCAUUGCCUGGCUCUUUAAAAAUGUAUCCUGACGCAUUGCCUGCGCGUAUCAAUCCUCAGGGAUCCGGCAGAAACAUGAGUCUGUUUCUAUUGAUGAAAAGGUAUGAUAUUACAUUAAAACAAUACCUAGCCGAUCGUAACGUGAAUACUAGGGAAUCGAUACUAUUACUUGCACAGUUAUUGGAGGGUGUUGCUCACAUGAAUGCUCAUGGUAUUGUACAUCGGGAUCUGAAGAGCGAUAAUAUUCUGCUGGAUCUAUCCGAAGAAACUGACAACUGUCCGUCUCUGGUAAUCACAGAUUUUGGUUGUUGUCUCGCCGACAAAAGUCAUGGCUUACACUUACCUUACAACACCCAUGACAUCGACAAGGGUGGCAAUGUUGCUCUAAUGGCACCAGAAGUAAUCACAGCCGAGCCUGGUCCGUUCACCUACAUCAAUUAUGCAAAAGCUGAUCUAUGGACCAUAGGUACUAUCGCGUACGAGAUAUUCGGUAUGAAGAAUCCAUUCCAUGGCGAUACUAGGGAUAAAACAACUCUGAAAAAUCACAACUACAAUGAGUCGGACCUUCCCUCCUUACCAAAUGACGUGCCAACUAUAGUAUCUGCUCUAGUUAAAAAUAUAUUAUCCAGAAGCUUGUACAAGAGACUUGAUACAGAGACUGCAGCAACUGUGAUGCAACUGCACUUGUGGGCACCAAGUUCUUGGUUUAGAAGCGAAGGAAAAUUGCCGUCUAGCAACGAGGUGAUGCAAUGGCUCUUGUGCUUAACAACGAAAAUACUUUGCGAGGGACGUAACACUGCGCUACUGGUAUCCAAUGUCCUCGGCGAGGAAGCAGCGGAGAAAGUGAUCCGACAAAAUUCCUAUUAUAGGUCACUCUCGACUAGAUCUUGCGGGAGGCGUACCAUGCCAGAAUAUCAAUUGAUAGCGAGUUUCCUUGGUAGAGUUACUCUUGGCAAUAUUAGAAACGCCUUAAAAUGGAUACAGAAAAAUGCAUAAUUUUCUAGUAAAUGUUUUACGAGUUUCUCUGAAAGAAAACAGAAUGGAACAACAUAAAGAAAGUAUUUUUCUUCUGCUCGCUAAAAAUUGUUCACGUUAGAUACAGGAAGCAGAGGUUGUUACGUUAUUUUUGUAUACCCAUUGUUAUCGUUAAAACUCCUGAGUUGGUUUCUUAUUAAUUUAUUUUUCAUACUGUAAGAAACUCACACAGCACUUUACACAAUCGACAUCCACUGGAUAAUUUAUUAUUUUAUGAUACGCGGAAGGCUUUCUUCAGCAUCCGAUGAAGAUUGUUUCUUCUAUGUCGAUAAAUGCUUGUUUGGACAUCACCGUACGAUGCAGCGUGUAUCAGUCAACUGGUGAUAGUCUGCUAUUAAUUUUAGUCGCUUCACCAAAAUUGUUAAUUCGUUCUUACUGGAGGCUUACUUCGCAACAAAUGUAAAUACCACAAUUGAUCGAGGGAAGAUGCGUGCGAGCACUGUACUAGUGUUGAUCAAUAAUAAAGUUUGUAAUCAAUA